AUGGCGCCUUCAAUUAUCAUACCGUCGUCCAGUUAUGUUGGCGGCCAUCUCGCCUCGACAAGUAUCUGUUCAGAUCACGUCGACAUCCCCAAUGAGGUGAGUGACAGGUGGAUCAGGUUGCCCGAGGCUCUGUUCUCGUCAAUUAUGGCCGUCGAGCCGGAAGUCAACCCCAUGCACAAGACAUCAAAAGCUCUCUCAGAUGCAUGGCUAAGAGAUGCGCUUCGCAUGGAUGACAAAACGGCUAGCAUUUGGAGCCGACUCGACAUCGCCUACAUGAGCGCUAUCUCUGCACCCAAUGCCGACCUGGAGACACUUAAGCUUAUGAAUGAUUGGAAUGGAUGGGUUUUUGCAUUUGAUGAUCCUUUCGACGAGGGUUCCUUCGCAAACAACCCCAUCAAAGCAGCCGAAGAGAUAAUUUACACGCUCGCUAUUCUCGAUAACAUCCACCCUGUAAUAUCACCUGACGUGAACCCAUUGCGCCAUACCCUACAAUCAUGCUGGAACCGCUUCCGACUACGCGCGAGUCCCGCGCUACAGUAUCGCUGGAAGAGGCAUCUCACCAUGUACUGCGUCGGUGUCCUUCGGCAAGUUGGUGUGCAAAAUACUGCUUCAAGACUAAGCAUUGGGGAGUACAUGGAUAUGAGAGCCGGAGGCGUUGGGGCGUAUCCCUGCAUUGGGCUGAUGGAGUAA